UACAUGGCUUGAAAAGACACAGUUCCUGCUCGACUUAUCACAGUUGGUCAGUAAUAGUAAGAGCCACUAAUUUCAGUUUCAGAAGCCUUGAUAAAAAAAAAAAGCUCAGAGAAAGAAAAAAGUAACUAAGACUGGUGACAAUAUGGAUUCUAUGGAAAGUGUGGUUACCACCGCAAAUAUUACCGACUCAGAACAAAACCAAUCCAAUACAGAUUCAACUAAAUACAUUGCAUAUGGCAGCGUGUUCAUGCCAACGGUUUUUGGCAUUAUCUGCUUGCUGGGCAUAAUAGGGAACGUGAUAGUCAUCUUCACCGUGUUCAGUAAGUCUAAGUUCAGGUGUAGAAGCAGCGUCCCCGACAUAUUCAUCGUUAAUUUAUCGGUUGUGGACCUGCUUUUCCUGCUAGGAAUGCCUUUCCUUAUUCACCAGCUGCUGGGGAACGGAGUUUGGCACUUUGGAGAGACUGUGUGCACGAUCAUUACAGCCCUAGACACCAACAGUCAGUUUACCAGCACCUACAUUCUGACUUCCAUGACACUUGAUAGGUACUUGGCCACUGUCUAUCCCCUCACCUCUGCGCGGUUCAGAAGACCCGCUGUUGCCGUUCUAAUAAUCAGCAUCGUCUGGUUCAUGUCGUUCCUUAGCAUCACCCCCGUUUGGAUGUACGCCCGCCUGAUUCCUUUGCCCGGUGGGGUGUUAGGUUGCGGGAUUCGCUUGCCGAACCCGGAGACAGAUAUCUACUGGUACACGUUAUACCAGUUUUUCAUCGCCUUUGCCAUACCUUUCACGGUUAUCUCAGUGGCUUACUGGAGGAUUUUGCUUAGAAUGACCUCCUCGGAGGCUCUAACCACGCAGAGAAGUGCCAGGAUAAAGACUAAAAAAGUGACCAGGAUCGCAGUCACUAUCUGCCUAGUUUUCUUCUGUUGCUGGGCUCCCUUCUAUGUGUUGCAGUUGAUUCAGCUGGCAGUAGAUCAGCCGACAUUGUCAUUCUAUUACGCCUACAAGGUUGCUAUCAGCCUGGGCUACGCGAACAGUUGCCUGAACCCGUUUAUCUACAUUGUGCUGUGUGAAACCUUUAGGAGGAGAUUCAUAGUCUCGGUCAGACCCGCUGAAGACGCACAAAGCCCCGCCAGGAGCCGACGGAAUCCCAGAAAAACGGAUCACCAUUCUGAGCAACAACAGCUACAGUUGGUUUCGGUUCCCGGAAGGUAGAUUGUCCGAUUGCAGUUGCUGUCCCUCAAAGAUUUCAGCACUUUUUCAUGAAAGAAAACCAGCACUUAUGUCUUUGCUAUUGCAUAAACCUGUCUUAUCCUGCGUAAUGUGUUUGCAGUUGUUGGUGCGAUUGAGUGUGUAGAUUCAGGUAAAGAGGGGUGUUAAAAUGUACAGAUGUGUUGUCGAUAGUUCCUGCUCGUAGUUUUUUGUGAAGUUUAUGCAUGUAUUUAAAACUUAGAAAAUAGGUGGUUAGCAAUAGUGAAUUGUGAUACUAGAAAUCAUUUGGAAUUUCCAUUUCAUACUCUGUUCUCAAUGACAACAGAACUAUAAUCAGCACCUUGGACAGCGCUUAUCUCAAAAACACACAACUUAAAAGGUCUAAUCAAUCUUGAUGACGCUCAUUCAAUGCAUGCUUACAAUCAAACAAGGUGCCAUGAAACAUUUCACUAAGCAAAAAAAUAAAUAACAAAUAAUAAUCAUUAAUUAAUUCAAUGAAAUAAAAUGUAAACAAAUACAAAAACGAACAAAUACAAAUGGAACGGUCAGAUUUAAUGUGACUGUUUUUCUUUUGUUUUUUGUAUGCAGUGGCUUAAUUGACCUUUGUAUUAAUAUUCUGUUGCAAACUAUUAUGUGGUUUGAUUUUGAUAAAUGUUGUUGUACUGUUUAUGCUGUAUCCAGUUUGCUAUUGAAAGUAUUAUAAACAUUGGGUAUUGUGUAGUUGUUAACUGGUAGACUUAGAUUUCAUAUUAUGUUUUAAAAUUGAAAAUAAAAAGACUGAAAACCAAAAUGUACUGAGAUAUGGUAUCAAUUUUAAUAUAUGAUCAAAUAAAUGGGAUUUCUUUUUUCUUUGGAAAAGCAUGUCACUGAUAAAAGAAUAUUAAUGAAAAAUUAUAAAUAGAUGAUACUGUCCUCACCUCACAAAAAAAGAUAUAAUGAUCAACCCAAAAGUAAAGUAUUUAUUUAUAUUCUUUCAG